AUAAUUUUUGACAAACAGUGAUAUUUAUAAGUCGUUAUCGAAAUAAUUAAAAGAAGAAAAAUUAAGAUAAACAAAAUAUGAUAAAACAUUUUGUUUAGACGAACAACGUGACAAGAAGCACGAUCACAGCAUAGAAACGAAAUUGGUCGAAGAAAUGGAAGCGUGAUUACUCAUCAGAUCAGCAGCCACUAUCCCAUCCUUCUUCGCAUCUCCAGCCCUCCGAUAAAUUCCCCCCAAAAGUGAUUCGCCACUUUUGCAUAUAAUUUGAUUUGAUUCAAUAAUCAGAAAUUCGCGGCAAUGACGACUCGUUACUGGGCGGCUUCUCUCCCCGUUGGCCAAGGCUCGUCGGCAUCUUCUUUGUGGAGCCGCCUUCAAGAAUCUAUCUCCAAACAAGCCUUUGACACCGCUCUUUAUCGAUUCAAUAUUCCGAAUUUGCGCGUAGGCACCCUGGAUUCGCUGUUGGCAUUGAGUGAUGAUUUGUUGAAAUCGAACAACUUCAUUGAAGGGGUGUCGCACAAAAUCCGGCGACAGAUUGAGGAAUUAGAGAGGUUGUCUGGGGUUGUUAGUAGCUCUCUUACGGUUGAUGGGGUUCCAGUUGACUCUUAUCUCACUAGGUUUGCAUGGGAUGAAGCAAAGUAUCCCACAAUGUCACCUCUUAAGGAGAUUGUGGAUGGAAUUCAUGUACAUAUUGCUAAAAUUGAAGAUGAUUUGAAGGUUCGGGUUGCUGAAUACAGUAACGUGCGCAGUCAACUAAAUGCCAUUAAUCGAAAGCAGGCUGGAAGCUUAGCUGUUCGUGACCUUUCCAACUUGGUGAAGCCACAAGACAUCGUUACUUCAGAACACUUGACAACUCUGCUUGCAGUUGUUUCGAAGUAUUCACAGAAGGAUUGGCUAUCAAGCUACGAGACACUCACAACUUAUGUGGCCCCCAGAUCCUCCAAGAAGCUCCAUGAGGACAAUGAAUAUGCUCUAUAUACUGUAACAUUAUUCAGUCGAGAUGCUGACAAUUUUAGAACUAAGGCACGCGAAAGAGGUUUUCAGGUUCGUGAUUUUGAAUAUAAUCCAGAGACACAAGAUUCUCGAAAGCAAGAGCUUGAAAAGCUGACGCAAGACCAAGAGACAUUGAGAAGCUCUUUGUUGCAGUGGUGCUACACCAGUUAUGGGGAGGUCUUUAGCUCCUGGAUGCACUUCUGCGCUGUACGUGUCUUUAGUGAAAGCAUCCUGCGAUAUGGUCUGCCGCCAUCAUUUCUGUCCGUUGUGCUGUCACCAUCUAUUAAAAAUGAGAAGAAAGUUCGAUCCAUUCUGGAGGGAUUGUGCAGCAGUUCAAAUAGCACAUACUGGAAAACAGAGGAUGAAGGAGGGAUGGCCGGUUUUGCAGGCGACGCAGAUGCUCAUCCUUACGUCUCCUUCACAAUUAAUCUCAUCUAGGCUGAGUCACCGGUGCUAUGGUCCAUUCGCCUGGCCUUCACAAAUAAGGACCGAUUCUACGCUUGUAUAAUAGAGUAAAUUACCCGAUUCAUUCCUUCUUUAAGAAUUAUCCGUUGGCUGUCGAACAUUAGUACGAAGCUUUGUCAUCGCGUCCUUUGUUUGCACGAGAAUCUGUUGCUGUAGGAGAUGUAUCUCCUCUCGUAUUUAUGGUGUCGAAUGUAUUUAAUCAUCACUUGAGAAAUUACUAGUGAGAAUAAACCAUUUUUCCGACCAAA